AUUUUUUAAUUCCCAUUUUUUUCAUGCCUUAAUCCAGUUGCCUUAAUCACGCAAGGGCAGCCCGGGGUGGUGUGCUGCUUCACCACAAUGCAUCGAUGCGCCAUGACGCCGUGAGCUGGGCAGCAUGCGCCUCGGCGGCGUCCUACUCCUACUCAAGGUGGUAGGCGGUGUCCCCGACCUCGCCGCGUUCGGUCCCACCGCACCGGACAACGUGUUGGAACUCACGAGCGGCGACAGGAAGGCGGCCCGCGAGGCGAUGCGGCGGCACCCGACGCGCUUUGCCGUUUUGAUGAUGGCGCCGCGCGUCGGCUCGAAGAUGCUCUGGAGCCAGCUCAGGAGCUACCGCCCCGGCAUCGUGCACAUGCUCAUGGAGGGGAACGACGCGCGGCUCAAGGACGAGCUGCCGAACGCGACGGUCGCCGAGCGCGUCGAGGCGCUACUCAGCAAAGCCGAGGCGAUCGCAAUUCGGCGCACGCCCCACCACCGGGGCCGGCCCAAAGCUGUCGGCUUCAAGACCGCGAAGAGCUGCGUGUGGGACCCCGCGGCGCGGCGCUACCGGCCGACGCCCGUCUACGACGACGCUUCGACGGCGGCCCUCGCGGACGUGUGGCGGGGCGCGGGCGUGCGCGUCAUCUGCCUCGCGCGCCUGAACGGGCUCGCCUGGGAGAUCUCGCGGGCGCGCAAGCUGGUGAUCAACGCGUUCUACGACGAGGUGCGCGCGAAGGCGCUCGAGGUCUUCGCGCUGCUGGGCGACGGCGCACUCGCCCGAGACGACGUGAUCCGCGGCGUUGCGAAGAAUGAAUCUAUUGCGCAAUUCCGGGCCGAGCUGAGCGGAGGGCAGGCGUCGACGAUAUUGGCAGGGCUGCUCGACGCGCCCGACCAGCUGAAGCACGCGCUACCGAAGGCCGUGGAUAACACCACCUGGGCGGCCGCCGUCUCCGCCGCCGCGACGCGCGCGGCCACCUUCACGGUGCCCCUCGACUGCUCGCGGCGCGGCCUUUCGAAAAUCGCCAACGAAACGCUCGAGCACGUGCGCCAGUUCCACGGCGAGUGCGCCUCGCUCUGUGUGGAAAUCAACCGGUGCGUCGGGUGCACCCGACAAUUCUUCACUUAGUCAUUUCUCGGCGAUGACGCCGCCGUCCUGGCUCGGUCGAGCGGUGAGGAACCGACAUCGCCACGCCAUCGAGCAGGUUUCGUGUCGAUGGCGUGGAGGUCGACGCGGCGAUUCAGGACGAACGCGCCGUAAAUUGAUUUCCACACAGGCCACGCUCGGGACGCGGACGCGCGCGCUCUGGGUGCCCUACGAGGCCAUCAAGGACGGCUCGCCGCGGCAGCGGAAGGAGCUCGCGGCGGUGCUGGACUUUCUCAACUUGGAUCGGCGUGCGACCAUCACCGCCGAUACGACCCACGACUCGCCCGGCGCGACGGCGAACUACGUCGCGGACGCGGAGCGGUGCCGCGCGACGCUCAAGCCGAACGCGUAUCUGGGCGCCAUGCUGGACGAUCCGUAUUUCCCCUACGUACGGAAAGGCCCCGCACUAGUGUGAUAUGUAUCGUGUACAAUGAA